AUGUCCAAAAAAUUCAAUCCAGCAUUAAUGAUAAUCGACCUUCAGGAGGACUUCCUUCCCCCAAAUGGCUCAUUGGCUGUGGAUCACGGUCGUGAUAUCAUUCCAAAGAUUCUGGAGCUUCUUGAUUUGUCAAAAUAUGGAUGGAAGGCAGUUAUUGGAACAAAGGAUUGGCACCCGGAAGGACACAUAUCGUUUGCAUCAACACAUAAUCAAAAGCCUUACACUACAAAGACAUUCCGCAGUCCGGACAAGGAAUCAAAACAGGAGAGACUUGAGACUCUAUGGCCAGAUCACUGUAUUCAGGAUUCGUUUGGUGCUGCAUUUCCUGAAGAGUUUGCCAUAGUGUUCAACAAGAUGGUCCAGGAUCAGCCAGUUCCAACAGCAUUGGUCAAAAAAGGCUAUCUCAAAGACAGAGAGUAUUAUUCAUGCUUUAUGGAUGUGUGGAAGAUACAUCAUACAGAAUGUGAGAAGUUUCUCAAGGAUCAUGAUAUAACAGAUGUGUAUGUUGUUGGUUUGGCGUACGAUUACUGUGUGUUGAAUUCAUCCAUAGAUGCCGCUGAUCUGGGCUUUAAUACUUAUGUUGUCAAGGAUCUUUCCAAGGCUGUUGCUCCGGAGAGUAAUAUAGACACAGAAAAAUCUUACCAGGAGCACAAUAUCCACUUGAUAACUUCUGAUUCUCCCGAAUUGAAAAAGGUGGAGGCUCAAUAUUGA